GAGCAGGUUUCCUUGUUAUAGCUUCAGUAUUUUAAUAUCUUGCAUGGAUCAUGAUAAUGGUAAUCUCACUGGAGGCAGCAGCAGUACUAUGGUCGACAAUAUACCCGAAGGUGAUCAGUUUGGAGUGCCAAUUUACCGAGGAGUUCGACAACGGAAAUGGGGAAAAUGGGUGUCAGAAACUCGAGUACCUGGAGAGAAAUCACGAAUUUGGUUAGGAAGUUUCCCGACACCGGAAAUGGCAGCGAUUGCUUAUGAUGUGGCCGCCUUGAAGCUUAAAGGUCAUGCAGCUCAACUUAACUUUCCUGAGUUAAUGAGUAGUUUACCUCGUCCGGGUAGUUCCAAGGCUGAGGAUAUUCGAUCAGCCGCUCAUGCAGCUGCUUCAAGGCUUAUGGGUGAUCCGAAUACAAAAACAAGUCGUGGUGGUCGUGGCCGUAGUAGUAGUGCGAGUCACUCAGUUCCGGAAACGGUUCGGCUCUCGCCGAGUCAAAUUCAAGCAAUUAACGAGGCACCACUGGACUCGCCAACAAUGAGGUGCAAUUUUAACGAUAACCUACUAACCGAGUCAUCUUUUAGUUGGACUCAUGAUGUUAACAAGAUCAGUGAUUGGGAAGAUAUUGAACAUGAAUCUCUCUGGGGAUAAGAGCUAACUAGCUGGAGAAUGAUUCAUGGCGCAGUACUAAUGGCAAUAUAUGACAAUAUUUUUUCUUUCUACAAAUAUAUGGGCUCGGUUGGCCCACAACUAGGGUAUAUUAUGAAGCCCAAGUAUAUUUUUUCAUUUCAUUUCUUUUUGUACUCUGAAUGGGAGGUACAAGCAGAAAUUGAGAAAUUUCGCAUUAUUUUUUCUUUACUUUUCUAGGAUCAAAGUUGAAGUUUUAACCUGAUUUGGAUGUACUUUUCUU